AUGACUACACGAGCAACUACCACGACUGCUGGCUCAACGACAUUUACAGGACCAACUAUCUCAACUGGUGGCUCAAUAACAACUGCUGGCUCAACAACGGCUGCUGACUCAACGACAACCAAAAGACCGGCAAUCACAACUGCACCGACAAUCCCAACUGCUGGCUCAACAACAACUGCUGGCUCAACAACAACUACAGGACCAACUACCACGACUGCUGGUUCAACAACAACUUCUGACUCAAUAUCAACUACAGGACCAACUAUCACUACUGCUGGCUCAAUGACAACAAGAGGAAUGACAAUCCCUACUGCUGGCUCAACAAGAACUUCUAGCUCAACAACAACUGUAGGCAAAACUACCACAACUGGUAGCUUAAUGGCAACUGCUGGCUCAUCAACAACUGCUGGCUCAAUAACAACUACAGGAACAAUUACCACGACUGCUGGUUCAACAACAACUUCUGACUCAAUAUCAACUACAGGACCAACUAUCACUACUGCGGGCUCAACAACAAAAACAGGACCAACUAUCUCAACAGCUGGCUCAAUGACAGCUGCUGGCUCAAUGAGAACUGCUGACUCAACAAGAACUACAGGACCGACAAUCCCAACUACUGGCUCAACAGCAACUUCUGGCUCAACAACAACUGCAGCACCAAUUGCCACAACUGCUGGCUCAAUGACAACUACAGGACCAGUUACCACAACUUCAGGAUCAACACCAACUGGAGCACCAACAAACACAACUGCUAGCUUAAUGGCAACUGCUGGCUCAACAACAACUACAGCACCAACUACUGCAACUGUUGGCUCAACAACGACUGUAGGACCAUCUACCACAACUGUUGGCUCAACAAAUCCUGGAUCAACGACAAAUAUAGCACCAACUACUGCAACUGUUGGUUCAACAACAGUUGCUGGCUCAAUGACAACUACAGGACCAACUAUCACAACUACUGGCUCAACGACAACUGCAGCAACAAUUUCUGGAUCAACAACUGCAGAACCAUCUGCCACAAUUACUGGCUCAAUGACAACUACAGGACCAGUUACCAUAACUGAAGGCUCAACAACAACUGUUAGCUCGACGACAACUACAGGACCAACUAUCUCCACUACUGGCUCAACAACAACUGCUAUCUCAACGAUAAUAACAGGACCAACAAUCCCAACCGCUGGCUCAACAACAACUGCUGGCUCACCAACAACUCUCAAUGACAAUUACAGGACCAACUGUCUCCACUGCUGGCUCAAUGACAGCUGCUGGCUCAACAACAACUCCAGCACCAACUACUGCAACUGUUGGCUCAACAACGACUGUAGGACCAUCUACAACAACUGUUGGCUCAACAACAAAUGCGGGACCAACUACGACAACUUCUGGCUCAACGACAACUACAGGACCAUCUACCACAACUGUUGGCUCAACAACUGCUGGCUCAACGACAAAUAUAGCCCCGACUACUGCACCUGUUGCUUCAACAACAGCUGCUGGCUCACUGACAACUACAGGACCAACUAUCACAACUACUGGCUCAAUGACAACUGCAGGACCAGCUACCACAACUCACCAACUGCCACGAUUGCUGGCUCAAUGACAACUACAGGACCAGUUACCACAACUGAAGGCUCAACAACAACUGUUAGCUCGACGACAACUACAGGACCAACUAUCUCCACUACUGGCUCAACGACAACUACUGUCUCAACGACAAUAACAGGACCGACAAUCCCAACCACUGGACCAGUUACCACAACUGAAGGCUCAACAACAACUGUUAGCUUGACGACAACUACAGGACCUAGUAUCUCCACUGCUGGCUCAACGACAACUACUGUCUCAACGACUGGCUCAACAACAACUGCUGUCUCAACGACAACUGCUGACUCAACGACAACUGCAAAACAAACUACCACCACUGCUGACUCAAUGACAACUGCUGUCUCAUUGACAACUACAAGACCAACUAUCUCAGCUGCUGGCUCAUUCAAAGACAAUUACAGGACCAACUGUCUCCACUGCUGGCUCAAUGACAGCUGCUGGCUCAACAACAACUACAGCACCAACUACUGCAACUGUUGGCUCAACAAUGACUGUAGGACCAUCUACGACAACUGUUGGCUCAACGACAAAUAUAGCACCAACAACUGCAACUGUUGGUUCAACAACGACUGUAGGACCAUCUACGACAACUGUUGGCUCAACGACAAAUAUAGCACCAACAGCUGCAACUGUUGGACCAUCUACAACAACUGCUGGCUCAACAACAAUUGCGGGACCAACUAUGACAACUGCUGGCUCAACAACAACUGCAGGACCAUCUACCACAACUUUUGGCUCAACAACUGCUGGCUCAACAACAAAUAUAGCACCAACUACUGCAACUGUUGGUUCAACAACAGCUGCUGGCUCAAUUACAACUGCUGGUUCAAUGAGACCCACAGGGCCAACAACCACAAACAGGACCAACUGACCAUCUAUCGCAACUGUUGGCUCAACUACAACUGCAGGACCAUCUACGGAUACUGCUGGCUCAGUGACAGCUGCUGGCUCAACGACAACUACAGGACCAGUUUCCACGACUGCUGUCUCAGCAACAACUGCAGGACCAACUACCACAACUGCAGGCUCAACGACAACUACAGGACCAACUACCAGAACUGCUGGAUCAACAACAACCACAGGACCAUCAGCUGCAACUAUGCUGGCUCAACGACAACUGCUGGUUCAACAAGACCUACAGGACCAACAACCACAACUGCUGGCUCAACAAUAACUGCAGGACCAACUACCACGACUGCUGUCUCAACAACAACUGCAGCACCAACUACCACAACUGCUGGCUCAACGACAACUACAGGACAAGCUACCAGAAUUGCUGGCUCAACAACAACUACAGGACCAACUAACAGAACUGCUGGAUCAACACCAACUGGAGCACCAACUACCACAACUUCUGUCUCAACGACAACUGCUGGUUCAACAAGACCUACAGGACCAACAACCACAACUGCUGGCUCAACAAUAACUGCAGGACCAACUACCACAACUGCUGGAUCAACACCAACUGCAGGACCAACUACCACGACUGCUGUCUCAACAACAACUGCAGGACCAACUACCACAACUGCUGGAUCAACACCAACUACAGGACAAGCUACCAGAAUUGCUGGCUCAACAACAACUACAGGACCAACUAACAGAACUGCUGGAUCAACACCAACUGGAGCACCAACUACCACAACUUCUGUCUUAACGACAACUGCUGGCUCAAUGACAACUACAGGAUCAACUACCACAAUUGCUGGCUCAACGACAACUACAGGACCAACUACCAGAACUGCUGGAUCAACAACAACUACAGGACCAACUACCAGAACUGCUGGAUCAACAAUAACUACAGGAUCAACUACCAGAACUGCUGAAUCAACACCAAUCGGAGCACCAACUACCACAACUGCUGGCUCAACAACAUCUGCUGGCUCAAUGACAGCUGCUUUCUCAACAACAGCUGCAGGACACACUACUGCAACUGUUGGCUUAAAAACAACUGCUAGCUCAAUGACAAUUACAGGACCAACUACCACAACUGCUGGAUCAACACCAACUGGAGCACCAACUACCACAACUUCUGUCUUAACGACAACUGCUGGCUCAAUGACAACUACAGGAUCAACUACCACAAUUGCUGGCUCAACGACAACUACAGGACCAACUACCACAACAGCUGGCUCAAUGACAACUCCAGCACUAACUACCACAAAUGCAUCAACAACAACUGCAGGACCAACCACAAUUGCUGUCCCAACGACAAGUGCAGGACCAACUACCACACGUGCUGGCUUCACAACAACUGCAUCCUCACCUACCACAACUGUUGCCACAACCACAACAAAAUUCACACAAACUACCACAAUUGCUCCAGGCCAUGCAUCACUGGCACAUCUACAAAUAAAGCUAUCCUCUGCUGGUGAGCUCAGCAAUGGAACCAUCAUUAAGCUUGUUGAACAGUUCUUGAGAGACCAGCUCCCGAAUGGCACAGUCCACACAGUCACUGUGAGAAACAUUCAAAGGAAACAUCUGAGCUUCACAAAGUCAUCUUCAGCAGGACAUGAGAUAACCAGGAAGGCUUCCAGUUGCUGCACUUGUCAUCACUUCUGUACAGCUGUCCUCUCCAUCGCCCUCUCUCUGGAAACAUGUAAAGCCCAGGGCCUCGCCCACGGCUCUGCUCAGCAGCGCCAACAGAUCAAUAGUCCCUGCCAUUGCCCUUGGCAGGAAGAGCUCCUGAAAAAAUUAAUUGAAAGUAAAGAUUUUGAGAUCUUGAGACAGAAGAAAAAACAUGUUCUAUCAGGAAACUGUGUCCUCACCUAA